AUGACCAGCUCAAAUAAGGUUAAGAAUGCAAAAAAGACGGCUGUAGCUAUCAAGACUUCUGUCAGAUCGGCUACUACAAAAGUUAGGACUCGAGUUCAAUUUUAUAUACCAAGAACUUUAAAGUUGGAUAGGAAACCAAAAUAUGAAAGACGCGUCGCAGCUGUUCCAAAGGGACUGGAUAAUUAUGAUAUUGUUAAAAAGCCAAUUACUACGGAGUCGGCGAUGAAGAUGGUUGAAACUUUGAAUACAUUGGUAUUUCUCGUUGAUCAGCGUGCUAAUAAGGCUCAGAUCAAGGAGGCUGUUAGUAAACUCUAUGAUAUUAAGGUCUCAAGAGUAAAUACACUCAACAUGUUUGGUGGUGGAAAAAAAGCAUUUGUUCGCCUUUCUGCUGAUAUUGAGGCUGUUGAUGUAGCUAGUAGGAUGGGGAUUAUUUAG